AAGCCAGAUGGACCAAUGGCCAGACUCAGUACAAGGAAUCUUCAUAUGUUUAUUUUGAUUCCCAUGUUUUGUUUUCCAGGUGUUUUCAUUGUAUCUGCCAAGAGGACCCCAUUUGGGGCUUAUGGAGGCUUGCUCAAAGACUUCACAGCCACUGACCUCACAGAGAUUGCAGCACGCUCAGCCCUGUCUGCUGGCAAAGUAUCCCCUGAAAUUGUUGACAGUGUGGUUGUGGGAAAUGUCAUGCAGAGCUCCUCAGAUGCUGCUUAUCUUGCACGCCAUGUUGGCCUGCGUAUUGGAGUGCCAAUCUCAGUUCCUGCCCUAACAGUCAACAGGUUGUGUGGGUCAGGCUUCCAGUCAAUUGUCAAUGGAUGUCAGGAAAUUUGCCUUAAGGAAUCAGAGGUAGUGCUAUGUGGUGGAACAGAAAAUAUGAGUCAGUCUCCAUAUGCUGUUCGAAAUGUGCGCUUUGGAACGAAACUUGGAGUAGACCUCAAGAUGGAAGACACUCUGUGGGCAGGACUAACAGAUCUGCAUAUUAAGACCCCUAUGGGCAUUACAGCUGAAAAUCUUGCUGCAAAACAUAGUAUCACAAGGGAGGACUGUGACCGCUAUGCACAGAAGACACAACAGAGGUGGAAAGCUGCUCAUGAUGCUGGAUAUUUUAAGGCUGAGAUGGCACCCAUUGAAGUGAAAACUAAGAAAGGCAAACAGAGUAUGGAGCAGGAUGAGCAUCCUCGACCUGACGUGACAAUGGAACAACUGGCAAAGCUCCCUUUAGUUUUCAAGAAGGAUGGAACUGUCACAGCUGGGAAUGCUUCGGUGAAAAUCUGCAUUGAAUCAGGUUGUGUAUUGCUCAUCUGUAUAGGAGGCACUGUAAAAUAUUCUUCUUUUAAUUGGUUGCGUGUCUGUGUGUGUUUUAACAUAGGCCCAGUGCCUGCCAUCACAGAAGCUCUGAAGAAAGCCGGCCUUUCUCUGAAAGACAUGGAUUUGGUUGAGGUCAAUGAGGCUUUUGCUCCACAGUACUUGGCCGUGGAGAAAGUUUUGGGUUUGGACCCAGAAAAAACAAAUGUCAACGGGGGAGCCAUCGCCUUGGGUCACCCACUGGGGGCAUCAGGUUCAAGAAUCACAGCUCAUCUGGUUCAUGAAUUAAGGCGUCGUGGAGGUAAAUAUGCAGUUGGUUCUGCUUGCAUUGGAGGUGGCCAAGGUAUAGCUGUCAUAAUUCAGAAUACAGCCUAAAAGACAAUCUAGGAUCUUCAUAGUUUAACACAGAAAUCUCACCAGUUGUUAACAUAAUGACAAUAAAGAUUUAGAAGUGUGCAAGUUCAGAAAUUAUCCAGUAUUAAUUAUCUGGAAAAGGGAAAAAAAGAGUGCAAAAACUUAUUUAAAAAUUAUAGUAACUAAGUAAUCUCUAAUUUGUGUGAAUCCAGCCAUAAUAAUCAUUGAUCUACUACCUCUUGCUGGUUUAAUUUUAAUCUCUGAAGAUGCCAAGUGAGCCUUAUAGCAAGGAUAUAUCUUAUCUGUUGAUACUUUAUCAACAUUGUUUUCCAAGCUGUUGGGUAUUUUUGAUUACUUUUUUUCUGUAAAAUGUACCUUCGAGAGGAAUUUUGCAUUGCCAGAAAAUGCAUGUUUUUAUUAAAUGGAUUUUGCAUGUCUCCGCACAAUAAAUUUUGUAUGAAGAUCUGAAAGGAAAAAUGUGACAAAGCCAAUGUGCCUCUCUGUAGAAGAAAUAAAAUGAUAUUGAAUUAAACCAAA